UUGUCAGUUCGUUCAUUAGUUCAUGACGUUCAUGAUUUGGCGUUUGUCCUGUCACGUACUUCAUCAUAGAAUUUACGAAAAUGUUUAGUGAAAUAUAUAAAUGGUUUACGAUCUUGUGUAUUUACAUAUUCGUAAUUCCAAUCCUUGCAGAAUGGAAUACAAGGGAUUACAUUCGGCGGGAGCAUUCUCUCACGAAACCGUACCAAGGGAGUGGAAUGUCUGUGCCUUACUGGGACUUCCUAGGUAGUACAAUAGUUACUUCGAAUUAUGUACGGUUGACACCAGAUUCACAAUCGAAGUCCGGAGCACUAUGGAACACAGUUCCAUGCUACACUCGGAACUGGGAACUCCAAGUGCAGUUCAAAGUGCACGGGAAAGGCAAAGAGCUGUUCGGUGACGGCCUUGCGCUGUGGUACGUCAGAGAUCGGAUGCAAGGUGGACCCGUGUUCGGCAGUAAAGACUACUUCCAUGGCUUGGCUAUUAUAUUGGAUACUUACAGCAACCACAAUGGAGCUCAUAAUCACCAGCACCCGUACAUCUCCGCGAUGAUAAACAACGGGUCCCUUCAUUACGACCACGACCGCGACGGCACUCACACGCAGAUCGCGGGUUGCGAGGCUAAGUUCCGGAAUUACAACCACGACACGCAUCUCUCUAUCGUUUAUAAGGAUGAUACACUUAUUGUAUCCACGGAUCUUGAAGGCAAGAACGCAUGGAAAGAAUGCCUUCGCGUUUCCAAUGUGUUGCUACCGACAGGCUACUUCUUCGGUGCGUCAGCUACCACCGGUGAUCUGAGUGACAACCAUGAUAUUAUUGCUAUCAAGAUGUAUGAGCUGGACCUGCUUGACACUGACAAGAACGAGGACAGAUCCAACAUAAUACCUUCAGCUGCUUCCUUCGAAGCACCACGGGAAAGGGUAGAAGACCCGAAACCAGCCAUGUCCGGAGUGAAAACCUUCCUAUGGAUGAUGUUCUACGCCCUCGUCAUCAUAGUAUUAGUUGUACUAGGUAUCUGGUGGUACCAAAAACGACAGGAAAAUUCAAGAAAACGCCUUUAUUAAUUAUACGUCGUAUAUAUUCUCGUAAAAGGUGUACUUUGCGUUGUACUAUUGAAUUUUAUCACGGCUGUAGAAAUUAAUCGGUGAUAAUCUCACCGUCAGUAAUAAAGUGACCUAAGUUAUUAAGUAUUUUUUUUGCAAACAGACGAGUUAGACAUAAAACAACAUACAUUGCACCAGGCAAAUGAUAUAUUUGCCUAAACAAGAUAUUACACUUCGGAAAAACCUGUGCACAUGUAUGACAUGUAAAGAGUGUGUGUGUCUGUGACAUGUAAUAUUCUACUUGUAUACUUUCGUCGGUUAUCAUAUUCGGUCAUUCAGUACACAGCAGCAUUCUGAAACUGGCUUUUCAAAUCAAAAGGGACAGAUGGAGUUAAUUUUAUUCUACAGCCGGUGGUAAAACUCAUGAGUGCAAGUAAAAAUACGUCAAUUAAAAUAGAAGUGACUAGUGAUGGUAUGUCGUACCCUAGUCCUGGAAUGUUUGAAGACUGAUUCCAUAAAUUUAUAACAUUGUAUAGGUUUUUCUUUCAAAUUUAAAGUAGACUUAUACUCCCGUGACACGUGUGGAUACCGGGUAUAUAAAUUGGCUCGUUUUAGUCCCUUGCUAUAUAAAAUAUCGACUCAUCCGAAGAACAGAGUCCGAUGUGAUUAUAUAGUGAAAAGAGAAUAGGUACACUACGAGAAUAAUUUCGUUAUUCAAACUAAGGCCCAUUUAAAGUUGUUUUGAGAAUUUAUACACCUUAUUUCGUUUCGGAAAUAUAAAAUCAAACAACAGUCGAUCUGACAUCCACAGCGAAGAAGAACGAACGCAAUAUACUAUAUCCUGAGAAGUAGUCUUGCACAUAGAUCUUUGUUCUACGGAUGAGUCGAUAUACUAAAAUACACCCCUCAUGGCAUAAGUGAAGUUACGUCAAAAAUGUUUAUU